CCAGUUUUUCCCUCAUUUCUUACUUUCACUCUAUACUGAAUGUUAAUAACAAUAUUUAUUUUCCCAAUUAAUCUUCCAUUCAUUUCUCUGUAAGAGAAGCAGUACUCAUAAUUCAAUCCAUUUUUUGCCCUAGAUCCAGUAUGCCUCCUCCUCCCCGCACCCACCCACUUUCCAAACCCUCUACCCCUUUCACUCUCAACUCUCAUUCAAGGUGCAUAGUUCUGCUGACUUCAAUCUUGGGUUGAAGAUUGUUUGUUUGGUUGUGGCAAUGGGGAAGAUGAUUCUUAGGAAUUGAGGGGUUUUUUGGAGAAAAGAUUUGAUUUUGGGUGGUGGGUUUGUGCUAAUCUGUGAUUACUGGUAUAGAAUGGGUUGUGUUUGUGGGAAGCCUUCUGCCAUUGAGGAUAGUAGGGAGAGUCCAAGGGAGAGGUUCUCCAGUAAGUCCUCUACAGAGAGGCUGCCGAGGGCGGUUUCUUUGAGGAGAGAGGAAGCCUAUAGGGGGAAAGAUCGUUCUGAGAGCAAUGAUGUGAAGACGGUGUUGAUCGACAAGCAAGUUAAUGGUUCUGCCCGGUUGCAGAGUGGGAAUUCUGACCGGAAAAGGGAGAAGGCUGAGUAUAUAGCUGUUACACACCAUCCGGGAUUGGGGAACAUUCCAAAAGCUGCUGAAGGUGAGCAGGUUGCAGCUGGAUGGCCACCCUGGCUAGCCGCGGUUGCUGGUGAAGCUAUCAGAGGAUGGGUGCCUAGGCGAGCAGAUUCAUUUGAGAAAUUGGAUAAAAUUGGUCAGGGUACCUACAGCAGUGUUUACCGUGCUCGUGAUCUUGAACAAGGAAAGGUUGUUGCUUUGAAGAAAGUUAGGUUUGAUAACUUGGAGCCUGAGAGUGUUCGCUUCAUGGCAAGGGAAAUUCACAUCCUUAGGAGGCUUGAUCAUCCAAACAUAAUAAAGCUGGAAGGUCUAGUUACAUCUCGCAUGUCUUGCAGUUUAUACCUUGUAUUUGAGUACAUGGAGCACGACCUGGCAGGACUUGCCUCGAACCCUGGUCUUAAGUUUACCGAACCACAGGUCAAAUGUUACAUGCAACAACUUUUAUGCGGUCUUGAUCAUUGUCACACCCGUGGUGUUUUGCAUCGUGAUAUAAAAGGUUCCAACCUAUUAAUUGACAAUAAUGGCAUAUUGAAGAUUGCAGACUUUGGUCUUGCAAGUUUCUUUGAUCCCCGUCAAAACCAGCCUCUCACUAGCCGUGUUGUGACCCUCUGGUACCGACCGCCCGAGCUUCUACUUGGGGCAACAUACUAUGGUACUGCUGUGGAUUUAUGGAGUACUGGUUGCAUACUCGCUGAACUUUAUGCUGGGAAGCCUAUCAUGCCAGGAAGAACAGAGGUGGAGCAAUUGCAUAAAAUUUUCAAACUUUGUGGUUCACCGUCUGAGGGGUACUGGAGCAAAUCGAGGUUGCCUCAUGCAACGAUUUUCAAGCCCCAACAGCCAUACAGGCGAUGUGUUGCAGAAACAUUUAAAGACUUCCCAGCACCCGCGUUAACGCUCAUAGAGACCCUACUUUCUAUAGACCCUGCAGAUCGUGGGUCUGCAGCAUCUGCUUUGAAGAGUGAGUUCUUCACGACGAAGCCACUCCCGUGUGAUCCUUCAAGUUUGCCAAAAUAUCCUCCCAGCAAGGAGUUUGAUGCCAAAGUACGGGAUGAAGAAGCCAGAAGGCAUGCUGGAGCGGGAAGCAAAGGUCACAAAAAUGACCCUGAAAGGAGAGCUACAAGAGAAUCGCGUGCAGUUCCUGCACCCGAUGCAAAUGCUGAAUUACCCAUGUCAAUGCAGAAAAGACAAAGUCAGUCCAAUUGUAAAAGCAGAAGUGAACUGUUCAACUCUCAUCAGGAGGAAGUUGCGUCUGGCUUUCCCAUUGACCCGCCUAGACAGUCUCAGACCACGGAAGAAACAAACAAUGAUCUCCAGGUCCCUCUGCAUAAGAGAGCUUCCCAUUCAGGACCAUUGACUCAGAGAGCCGCCUGGGCAAAAUCUGGAAAGAACACAGAAGAUGCCCCGAAGAUUUCUUCGGGUGCAGACCUAUCUGGUAUAAUUUCUGCUAGGAGGAGCUUGUUGUCUGAGGAUCGAGCAGACAGGUCUGGUCCUGCUCAUCAUGAAGUUCCGAAACUUAUAGCCAGGUUUCCCGGAUCCUUCAAGGAGGCUUCUAAUUCAACAAUGAAACAAGACCAAAAAACUCGGUUGCUUACAAACUCACACCAAAAUCAGGAAGGAAGAACCGACAACAAUGACCCAGUCCUACUGGGCUAUGGAUCAAAAGGCAACAAGAUCCACUACUCGGGACCACUUCUAGUUCCAUCGGCCAAAGUAGAUCAAAUCUUGAAAGAUCACGAUCGCCAUGUCCAAGAAGCUGUAAGACGGGCACGCCUUGACAAGACAAGAGCAAGAAAAUCUCAAAUGGAAGGGAAGCAAAUCUCAACAAAUUCUUUAUUUGUUUCCGGUCGUUGAAUUCAUGUCAUUGGUGCGUGGAAGAGAGGUCACCACAGAAACUUACAGUUACAGGUGAUUUUUCUUGUAAAAUGAGAGUUAGUAUUUGAAGAACAUUAAAGAAACAAAAGAAGGAAAGAAGAGGAGGGUGUAUAGAGGUUGUUCUAAGGGAUGACAUUUGUUAGCCAGUUGUAGAGAUUAUUAGGAAAUUCUAAGAUUAUUCUCUGAUAUCUCUCCCAUUUGAGCUGCUGGUAAUAUGUAUUUCUCUCAAUCUCUUUGUACUUUGUAGUACAGGCAAAUUAUGAUUUGUUAUAUAUGGCCAUCUUUGUAGAGCUUAUUAUCCACCUUUUCCCAGGGGACAUGAAAAUAUUAAGUUCAAAGUUUCAAACUAAAUGAACACUUUGAAAUAAAAUAUUUAUUCAAA